UUCCCAUUUGAGUCCCUCCCAAUUAUCACAUAACAUUCCUCUGCAUCAAUCCUUUCCUUCUCUGCUCUCUGCCAACUCAUCCCUCUCCUUCUUCUCGACCUUCGCUGUAGUCUCCCUCUCCAAUUCCAUGUGAGAGAAGGCACCCUGUCCUUGCCUGAUCAUGUUCUUGCUUCCUUCGGGCAAGGCACUGUCAAAGUUUUGAUUUUUUAUUUUUUUCGGCACUUCGACGUCGAGCGCGGUGGAAGACGGGAAAGGGGAUUCGCUGUUGAUGGGAAGGGAUGGCGGACAAAACGAACAGUUCCCUGUUGGAAUGCGCGUCCUCGCCGUCGACGACGAUCCCACUUGCCUCAAAGUGUUGGAGGCCAUGUUACUUCGAUGCCGAUACAAUGCUAUUCUUAUCAUCAGCUUAAGAGCGAUUUUAAUUUGCUUGGAUGUGCCAGUUACAACGACGAAUAAGGCUACUUCGGCUCUGAAGUUGCUCAGGGAGAAGAGGGAAUACUUCGAUCUAGUUAUCAGUGAUGUGCAUAUGCCAGAUAUGGAUGGGUUCAGGCUUCUAGAGCUCGUGGGCCUCGAGAUGGACCUUCCUGUUAUCAUGCUCUCAGUGAAUGGUGAGACUAAAACUGUCAUGAAAGGCAUAACUCAUGGUGCUUGCGACUACUUGCUUAAACCUGUUCGGAUUGAGGAGCUCAAGAAUAUAUGGCAGCAUGUUGUUAGGAGAAGGAAGUUAGCUCACAAAAAGUAUAGUCAUUUUGAUGAUGGGGAAGAAUCAGACAAACACCAAAUUGUUAGUAAAGAAGCUGGAGAUGGUCUGAAUCCGAAUGGCUUGCCCAAUCAAAAUGAAAAGUUUAGUAGGAAGAGGAAGGACCAGAAUGAGGAAGAUGAAGACAAUUGCGAGGAGAAUAUGCUGGAGAAUGAGGAUUCAACUACUCAAAAAAAGCAAAGGGUUGUUUGGUCUAUGGACCUACACAGGAAGUUUGUAGCCGCUGUUAACCAGAUGGGAAUUGAUAAGGCUGUACCUAAGAGGAUACUAGAGCUUAUGAAUGUUGAGAAGCUUACAAGAGAAAAUGUUGCAAGCCAUCUACAGAAAUAUAGGCUUUACUUGAGAAGAUUGAGUGCUGCAGCAAGUCGACAGGUUAACAUGGUCGCUGCUUUUGGAGGUAGGGACUCCUAUAUAAGUUCAUUGGACGACUUUGGGACCUUUCAGACUUUGGGCGCUUCAGGAAAGUUACAAGCCAUUAGAUCACUCCAAUCCAGCGAAGUGCUUGUUAAUGCAAAUACAAGUGGCUUGGGACUUCAUGAUCGUUUCUCUUCCAGUAUAAUUCAAGUUGGGAAUAGCAACACAAACAUUCCUCCCGCUGAUAUAAGCAGACUCCAACCAAUAAUUCUUCCUAGCAAUCAAUAUGGUAGGUUGGUGCAGGGAGUUCCCACCUCGUUGGAACUUCAGCAAUUGCAACUAAACAGAAUUCACAAACCAAUCAGUCAUUUUCCUGGUUCCUUAUCUGGAAGUAGAAUUUCUAUUCCCAACAAUUCUUUUAGCAAUGUGACCAACAGUGAUUUCAUAGCACAAUCACCUGAGCAGCAGACACCUUCCCGCACAUUGGCCAAUCUCUCUUCAAGUACAUCAUUGUCCACAAGUCUUGAUCCUUCCCUUGUUAGUGUUGGGUUUUCUUCUGAAUUGGCUGAUGCUAGUAGAUGCAAAGCUGAUUUGCAAUCUGCUGUUCCGCUAACCCCAUAUACAACCAGUACUCCUUCAAUAGUUUCCUUUACUAAUAAUGAGAAUUUGCCCAAUUUCUUAGACAAUUUUCCUGUUGCCCAAAGAGGCAGCAGUUCUCAAAGCAUUUCUUCCACUAGUACCAUAGUGUCACCUUCACAGGAUCCUUUUAUAGGAAAAGAUGCAAAAUGUCACAAGAGCUCUUCUGGUGGACCAUCAAUGCUAUCGCUUACAACUAUGGAUGAAGAGAGGAAUUUUCUCAAUUUCAGCAAUGCAAGCAAUUCUAAACAAAUAGAACCAGAGGAGGAACACAUAUAUGAACAAGAAGCCCUGUUCAAUUCUUUCUCUAGUACUGCUAAUUUAGUGACUAAUUCUGUUUCUGGAAAUCAAAGAGUGAACAACAGUCUCCAUAAUCCUGGCUAUUCAAUUUGUUCACCAAGUUGCCAGAUUGAUAAAUCAGACAACAACAGUUCGCAGAAAGACAAGUUGAAUUGGGAGAUAAUGAAAGUGCAGGGAGGAUCAGUCUUAUUCGAUUGUUUUCUUGACGAUGCAGUUGGUUCUCUGAUCAAACCGGAAAAAGAUCAUAUCAGUUUUGCUGAGAACAGUGAAUCUGACAUGUAUCCGCUCGAUGCCUGCUUGUAAGAAUUCAAUUUUAAUGAACUUCAAGCUGCCCUAUGUGUGAGGAGAACCAUUGUUUUGCUAGAUCCGAGCAAAGUAAAUGAUUCCAUGUAUGUUUUUCUUUGUUUGGGAGAUGGUCAAAACUUGCAAUAUACAAAAGUAUAGGUGAUGUCACAAGCUUUGUGACUGUAGCUAAAUAAUAUUUAUGUUUUAAAUAGAAAUGUAUGCUUGUACGCCCAGGAUUCUCCUGUAUAGUCGAGGAAUUCACGUAAACAAAAAAGGGGUUGCUUUCUGUAA